CCUGCUGGCUGGCUGCACUCUGGCCGCUGCGCUCCUGCCUGCAGCUGCGGAAGGGCAUGCCCAAUGUGUGUGAGGAAGAAGUUCUGGAUAUGGUUGGCCUUCCCCAACCGUGUGUCCAGCCCUUUACUCGUAUGGUAAAGCUAUGGAAGCAAGGCUGUACUGGACCAAGAUGGUGCAUAGAAUAUGUAAGAAGGACUGGCUACUACAUUGUCUACAGACAGGUAUAUAGCAGGCAACAUCAGACAGUCUACAGGUGCUGUCCUGGCUGGCGUCAGCAUAAAGAUGAGCCUGGCUGUCUACAUGCCCUCUGCUCAGCAGGUCCUUGCUUCAACGGAGGCCAAUGUCCAGACGGGGAAGCACAGGUGUGCCAGUGUUCUGUGGGGUUUCAGGGAUCUCGAUGCCAAUAUGAUGUGAACGAAUGCGCCAUUGACAAUGGUGGCUGUCAGGACCGGUGCUGUAAUACAAUUGGCAGCUAUUACUGCAAAUGCCAAGCUGGCCAGAAACUGAAAGAAGAUGGAAAAGGCUGCAAAGAUGUCGAUGAAUGUGCGGUAGUGAACGGAGGCUGCCAGCAGAGCUGCAUUAACACUGAGGGCUCCUUCUACUGCGAAUGUGAUAUGGGAUACAGACUCCAUGCUGAUGGACGCACCUGCAUAAUGAAGGACCCCUGCUCAGGCGGACACAGAGGAUGCUCCCAUAUCUGUCAAAAUGAGUAUGGCAUUGCCAGGUGUGCAUGCCACCCAGGGUACCAUCUGUCUGCAGACAAAAUGUCAUGCACAGACAUUGAUGAGUGCACAGAAGGCAGUGCUCACUGUGCCCACCACUGUGUGAACUCCGUGGGAUCCUUCACCUGUACCUGUAACCCUGGCUUUGAACUUGGGGCAGAUGGAAGACAGUGCUACCGGAUUGAAAUGGAAAUUGUCAAUAGCUGUGAGCAGAACAAUGGGGGCUGCUCUCAUCACUGUGAGCACUCAACUGGUGGGCCUCGUUGUUCUUGUAACCAUGGACACCGUCUUGAUGUGGAUGGAAAAACAUGCAAAGAUCUUGAUGAAUGUGAGAGUGGGCAAGCCUGCUGUUUCCAGCUCUGCAUCAACUAUUUGGGAGGUUACGAAUGUGAUUGCAAGACAGGAUUUCAGCUCAGUCCCGAUGGGUGUGGAUGUGAUGAUGUGGAUGAGUGUCUGGAGGACAGCACUGACUGUGACCAGCUCUGUGUUAAUUCUUUGGGAUCUUAUGAAUGUCUCUGUGAGGAAGGUUACCAAAUUGAUGGUAACAGAAAAACUUGCAUCCCUUUGGAUGAUGACGAAUUAGAGGAGGAAGAAGAGGAAUUAGAAGUUGUGAGGUUCCCAGACCUUCACUUUAGGAGAUCUGCUCAACUGCUUAAUUAUGCCAUUGCGUUAAAUCCCAAUUAUGAAGAUGAAGAUGAACUGGAGGAAAGAGAUAUUCGAGGAGAACUCACUGUUUUACACAAAGUGGUCUGUUUAGAUGACACUUUUGGACCCGACUGCAGUUUGAGGUGUGAGGACUGCAUGAACAGAGGCAAAUGUAAUGAGGAAAAGAGCCAUUGUCUCUGCCCGGCUGGCUGGGGUGGCAUCCUCUGUAAUGAAACUUGUCCCCCAGGGACCUAUGGACAAGAGUGUAAGGGUAUCUGUAAGUGUCAGAAUGGAGGUUCCUGUGACCCUGUAACAGGCCAGUGUCAUUGUCCCCCUGGAGUUCAUGGGAAGAUCUGUGAGGAUGGAUGUCCUAAAGGAUUCUUUGGAAAGGAUUGCAAAAAGAAAUGUAUGUGUGCCCACAACAGCUAUUGCCACAGGGUCUAUGGAGUUUGUCUAUGUGAUCCAGGACUCUAUGGUCGGUUCUGCCAUCUGACCUGUCCCAAGGGAGCCUAUGGAGCUGGCUGCUCUUCCGAAUGUCAGUGUAUGGAGGAAAACACCCUGGAAUGCGAUGCCAAAAAUGGUUCAUGCACCUGCAAAUCUGGUUACCAAGGCAACAGAUGCCAGGAAGAAUGCCCAGAGGGGACCUUUGGUCCGAAGUGUGAGUUCAGCUGUCAAUGCAAGAAUGGAGCUGUUUGUGACCCUGUGAACGGAGCCUGUACCUGCCCAGCUGAGUGGACGGGAACAUUCUGCCAAGAAGGGUGCCGGAUAAACCCUGAGGGUGAAGGUUGCAGUCAAGCUUGUAACUGUCACAAUGGAGCCAGCUGGGAUCCCAGAACUGAGAAAUGCCUCUGCGAAUCUGGAUGGACAGGACCUACUUGCCAGGAAGGGUGCCCAGACGGCACUUAUGGUCCUUACUGCCAAAAGAUGUGUAAAUGCAUGAAUGGAGGCCAUUGUGACCGCGUGCUUGGCACCUGUGACUGCCCCCCUGGAUUCACUGGCACAGACUGUGGUCAGGAUUGUCCCCAGGCAAGAUAUGGCCACAAAUGCCAGCUCACUUGUGCCUGCAAAAAUGGUGGGAUUUGUAAUCCCAUGGAUGGAAACUGUACCUGUGGACUUGGAUGGACAGGCAGUUACUGUGAGCAAGCAUGCCUUCCUGGUACAUAUGGUCCAAGCUGCCGUUUGAAGUGCUCUUGUCAGAACAACGGAACUUGUAGUAGGUUUACUGGCUUCUGUCAGUGUCCAGAGGGUUACUAUGGGCACAGCUGUGAACACCAGUGUCCCCCUGGAUUUUAUGGCUUGGACUGCGCUCGCCCUUGUGAUUGCAGAAAUGGAGCUAAGUGUGACGCGGAGAAUGGCACGUGCGUCUGUCCCCCAGGUUACCAUGGCAGCCAGUGUGAAAAAGGGUGCCCAUCUGGAACAUUCGGAGAUAGGUGCCAACAACUUUGCGACUGUGAAGGAGAGGGACCUUGCCAUCCUGUCACGGGGAAGUGCCUUUGUUCCCCUGGAAGAACUGGAGACAGAAUGCAGAUCAGAUCGGUAUGGGCCCAAUUGCUCUCUGCAGUGCCAAUGUUCCCCAGGAUCCCAAUGUAACCCUCAGAAUGGGA